CGUCAAGCCAUCCAGGAACCCCUCUGCGCUCUGUAACGCCCUUGUGAAGUAUUACGCAACAUGCAUGCCUGCAACUCUUCUUGACUGUUUUCCAGCAAUGCCAGUGGACUUUGCGCCUGUGUAAUUCUCAUCGUCACUUUUCGGCACCGAGUCCCAAGCGAGAUCGACCGUCCGUUCCCAGACAAUAAUUUCCAGACACUCCUUCACGCCUCUUCACUUCUCCAGGACGACAUUCCACCAUGGAUACCUACAUACCGCCCUCGGUCUGGCACACAGAGACGCUCGCCGGCGAAUCCUACAGCCACUUCUCGCCCGUCCCUCCCUCGCUCCUGCCGCCAACCACGGCCACAUCUACAGACACAACAGCAGGCGAGCCAUGCUGCCUCGGAGUCGAUGAGGCCGGCCGUGGCCCCGUCCUCGGCCCCAUGGUCUACGGCGUCUUCUACCUGCCCCUCACGCUCAGCGACUCCCUGCUCAAGGAGAUACACCACUUCGACGACAGCAAGGUGCUCCAGCCGGCCGUCCGCUCCGCCCUGAUGCGCACGCUCUGCGAGCCCGGGUCGGACCUGCACACCUCGUGCGGCUGGGCGACCGCCUCGCUCUCGGCGCGCGACAUUGGCGCCAACAUGCUGCGCCCCGCGGCCAUCUACAACCUCAACGCGCAGGCCAUGGACGCCACCGUGUCGCUCAUCCAGGGCGUGCUCGACCGCGGCGUCAACGUCCGCGAGGUCUACGUCGACACCAUCGGCCUGCCCCACGUCUACCAGGCCAAGCUCGAGCGCAUCUUCCCGACCCUCAAGAUCACGGUCGCCAAGAAGGCCGACAGCUUGUACCCCUGUGUCAGCGCCGCCAGUGUGUGCGCCAAGGUCUCCCGUGACGCGGCCCUCGAGGUGCUGUAUGAGGCGCGGAGGCCUGUCGCUGGUGGCGGAGAGGAAGGAGGGCCUGCUGCUGCUGCGGCGGCGGAAGGCAUGGCGUGGGGAUCCGGUUACCCUUCUGACGCCCGCUGUGUGGGCUGGCUGAAGAGCAACAUGCACCCUGUUUUUGGCUGGGGCCCAGAGUGCAGAUUCAGCUGGGGUACGGCAAAGGACAUGAUGGAGACCAAGAGUGGUGUCAAAGUUGAGUGGCCGCAAGACGAGGACGAGAGCACGACUCGACUAACGGACUACUUUGCUGGCCGCGACGGUGAUGACAACACUGAUGAGCUGGGCAAUUGGUUUGGCUCUCCAGCGGGACUAGAAGCAUUCUGACAACCUGUCUGCAAUAUUCUUGUGUGUUUCUAUUCCUCAGCAUCAUCAUGGGCAGCGUAUGGCGUUCGGGAGUUAUUUCGUGCACAAAUGACACA